AUGUCUGUGCUGUGCCCCAGGAUGAACAGCCUUGGCUAUCGAGUCGUUAAGGUAGGUGCUUCCUUGCGAGUGGCCUCCAGUCUAGCCAAUUCGUCCACACUGCAUCCACAGCGGCAGCAGCGCAAGCGCAUGGCCUGGCCGCCCAAUCUCUACUCGGACUUUGCGGCUAUCGCUGAUGCAAUGGAGGUGGAGGGGUCCUCGCUAUAUCCGCCAGGAUCAGGAGGUGGAGCCGGCAGCGGAUCUGGAAGUUCUGGUGGCACGGGCGUGGGUGGCAAAUGCAACGAGGACAUCACCAAGGGCUGCGAUGUCAAGAAGAUCUUCCUGCCCGGCGAUCCCAAGCAGAAGAGCUCGAGCAUAGCCGUGAAGGCGGCGCAGGACGCAAAGGCGGCCAACGAGGCGCAGCAUGCCGCCGGCCAAAUGGCCGCCCAGCACAUCAAGCAGGAGCUGGCCGAGAAGGCCUUCCAAUCGGCCAAGGCCGCCGAGGCGGCGCUCACCGGCAAGCAGAUGGUUGUGCAGCAGCUGGAGCUGGAAAUGCAAGAGGCCCAUGCCGUGGUGGAGGAGGAGUCCGCUUCGCUGCAGAACACGGAGACGAACAUGAAUGCCGCCAUCGAGGCAGCUCGUGCAGCCACUAAUCAAUUCGAGGCGCUCACCGCCCUCCACAAGACGGUCAAAGACAAUCUGGCCAACAUACAAACAGUUGCGCUCGGCUCCCAGCAGGAAAUGACCACCAAGGUGCAGCUGCUCGAGGCGGCCAAAAACCGCCUGGCCACGCUCCAAAAGCAGCUGGACAGCGCACGCGAUGACUACGAGAAGACCAAGCAGGCGGCCUAUCGGGCGGCCUGCGCUGCCGUCGAGGCCAAGCAGAAGGCCGCCAACAGCUAUCGAAAGCGGCGCAAUCAACUUUCAGCUACCAGCCACUCGAUACACAUUAGCCAACUCUGAUGUUUAUAUAUAUAUUUUUAUAUA